GGCCUCCCUCCCUGUGGUGACAUUUUCCCUCCUGCCGGGCCGGAGACGAGGCGGCGGCCACGACCUGAAGCGGCGGCGGCGGAGGAGGAGCAGGAGGCGGGAGGAAAGCCGGCCCCUCAUGCCCGAGCUGGCCCCCUCCGCUGGGCCGGAGGCCGGGAGGGGCGGCGGCGGCGGCGGCGGCCCUGUGAAUUUAGUGAUGGUGCAACACAGUCAGGAUGGCAGCCUUGGACACUCGAGCCUUCAGUCUGCAAAACAGGUUGCUUUCCAGCUGAAUUCCCCGGCUAGUCCGCUGUGUCCACUAAGCUCUGUGCCCCAUGAUUUGAGACCAGGAGAGACUUGGAACUCUGAAAUGAAGAUGGAGGCAGCAGACAAAGUAGAAGAACUCAUUGGCCCAGAGGUCCCACCGAAACUCUUGGAGAAGCAAGGGGCAGCUCUGGGUGAAGAGGGACCUAUAGAACUAGAAACGCCUGCUCAGGAGGAGGAGAGCGGGGCUGUUACGGAGGACUCCACCGUGCUUGCCUCCAUGCCGUGCUUGCUGAUGGAACUGAGGCGGGACUCAUCAGAAUCUCAGCUGGCGUCAACCGAGAGCGACAAGCCAACAGCUGGCCGUGUGUACGAGAGUGACUCUUCCAACCAUUGCAUGCUGUCCCCUUCUUCCAGCGGGCACUUGGCUGAUUCAGACACUCUGUCUUCUGCAGAAGAGCAGGAGCCCAGCCAAGCUGAAGCUGCUGUAGAGGGCGAGUCUUCUGCUGUAUCAGGGUCUACCGUUGGGAGGAAAUCCAGACGGUCCAGGUCAGAAAGCGAAACCUCAACCAUGGCUGCCAAGAAAAACCGGCAGUCUAGCGAUAAGCAGAACGGCCGCGUCGCUAAGGUCAAAGGUCACCGGAGCCAAAAGCACAAAGAGCGAAUUCGGCUCUUGAGGCAGAAACGAGAGGCAGCUGCCCGCAAGAAGUACAACCUGCUGCAGGACAGCAGUACCAGUGAUAGCGACCUGACCUGUGACUCAAGCACCAGUUCUUCAGACGACGAUGAAGAAGUUUCAGGGAGCAGCAAGACAAUCACUGCAGAGAUACCAGUGCUGUUGCUGCAGCCUGGGACCAAGCGGGCCGGCUGGAACGGACAUGAGAUGGGAAGAGAAAGCAAGGAGGGGAGCUGGCAGGGUGCAAUGCUACCUGGAGCUAAACAAUUCAAAGAUGGACCACCGGUCGUGGCUCAUUAUGAUAUCUCGGACACAAACUCCGACCCUGAAGUGGUGAAUGUGGACAAUCUGUUGGCAGCUGCAGUCGUUCAGGAGCACAACAGUACUGUCAUCAACAAGGACACGGGGCCUGCUUGGAGGACAAGAGGGCUCCUAGAGGAGCUGAAUACAGAGGCAGAUCGCUUGGAUCCAGGGUUCCUGUCCGUUGACAAAACCGCCACCAGCACCACCCAGGUCAAUGAAGAAAUCAAUAUUGCCUCCUCGGAUAGUGAAGUGGAGAUCGUGGGAGUUCAGAAACAAGCAAGGUGUGUUCAUCCUCGGGGAGGAGUGAUUCAAAGCGUGUCUUCCCGGAAACAUGGCUCAGGUCUGCAGUGCACCCGGCAAGUGGAAUCAUGGACAGGUGUGCCCCCUCCGCAGAAUUGGUCUUCGCCACCGGAAGUGGUGGAUCUCACGUUAGAUGAGGACAGCAGGCGCAAAUACCUACUGUAACGCAGCCUCACUGUGUUUUUAAUCACUUAGCCUCUCUUCCAUGGCACAGAAGUCCGUGCCUCUGCUGUUGGCAUUCUGGAAUUCAGGCUCUUGCUGGAAAAUUUCCCCCUCUCCCCCACCCCUGUUAAAAUUAAUCUCAUUUCAGAACUUGCCUUGAGAUCCUGGCCCCCUUCCAUAGUCGAGAGGAGCUUCCCCUUCAUGUCAACCUUAACGGCACUAAACUUCCUAUGACAACUUCCAAGUUUUUCAUUGCAGUGUGAUUUUAAUUUUAGAGUAUUUGUUAAUGGAACCAGUGGUACCUGUUCCCGCUGGUCCAUACCUUUUAGAGCGGAAAGAUUUUCUUUCAUUUGCCACUAAAACAGAUUUCCUGGUACCACGCAAAGCUUGAUUUCCUUUCUCGUUUGUGAGACACGCAUUAAAAACACCACUCGCUUGAUUCGCCCAUUGCUGUCAGUGUCCCCACAGCGACUGUAGGGCCACUGUGGCUGCUUGGAACUGUGGAGGGUGUCUAGAGGGGUUCGUAAUCUGAAAAUGGAUUUGGUUGCGAAGCCAGCAGGUCUGUUUAUCACAAAGGGCCUGUAGUGCGCACUGUGCAGCUUUGUUUAAAAUCCAGAUUAUUCACAGCAUUGUUUGUACCUUGUGCAUGGGCUCAGUCCUGUGUCUUCUAAUCAUAUUACUCUUGCUUUCCGGGCUACUGUACUGUUACUGGUCAUCUGGCCUAGCUUGUUACAGGCUUUUUUUAUCCAAGAAAGAAGAGAAGAAAGCAAAGACGAAAGCACAAGGAAAGAAGGCAACACAAAGGCGCUGAUACCUAAUUUUGAUCAUAGGUUUUCCUUCUCCUAUUAAUAUUUAAAGUUAAGGGUUGCACUCUUACCCUUGGCUCCAUGUCUGAAGAUCAGCAGUUAUAGAGCAGGGAGAACUAGUAUGUAGGGUUGGGCGAUUCAGUAUAUCCAGUCGAAAAAUGUACCCCUAACCCCCAACUUACUUGUAUUGUCGGAGAUAUUUAGGAAUCCCAAUCAAAUCCAGGAUUCUCGGAUAAAGAAAUAGCGGCUUCCUGAUUAAUUUCAAAAAAUAUUCAGAAUUAACUAGGACCAUUAUUCCCUCAUAAGAAUGCUUGAGGGGGUCUUUAAAGGACAGGCUGUCCUCACUCCACUGUAACUUGGGUGUAGUUUGGAUGAAAAACAGACCCUCCAGCCCCUGGAAAGAUUCCCCCAUAGGGAAUAAGGGAGCCGAGUACAUUCGGAUUCCCCAAAAGAACUCAGAUCUGACUACAAAACCAUUAAUUUGUUGUGAGCCCUUCUCACGGUUGCUGUACUUUCUCUGUUGCAGACAGAGCAAGGGGAGAAUUCUGGGAUAGCUUCCGAUUGCUCCACUGAAGUUCUCAUUGGAGUCAAUUUCCAAAAUUUGUGUGUGGAAAAUGGGGGGUUCCUCCAGACGUCCAUCGCUGCUGUCUCUCUCUCCCUUCCAAUGCAUCUUCUGACGAACAAUGAAUUCUGAAGCACACAAAGAGUGUUACGUAGUGGUUAGAAUGUUGGACUAGGAUCGGAAGACUCAAGUUCAAAUCUCUGCCCUGAAAGCUUACUGGGUGACCUCCGGCCGAUCUCACGCUCCCUCAGCCUAACCUACCUUGCAGGCUUGUGGUGAGGAUAGAAUGGAGGAGAACCAUGUAAACCCUUUUUGGGUCCCUGUUGAGGAGAAAAGCAGGGUACAAAUAAAGUAAAUAAAAUACAUAAAUAAAUAUACUAUUGCCUUUAAAACAUAACAGGUUUACUGAAAGCCCUUUCAGUCUUUAGGUAUUCUGUUUUUAAAUCUUUGGGUUUGGCCUCUUGACUUAGCUGAGCUGCAUUUCACCAGCUCGCAGAUUUGUGCCCCUUGGCUUUAGAACGCCUCCCUGGGCCCCGAUCUCACAGACACUUUCUGCAAGACAUCGGCAGUUGCUGCAAGACAAGACGCUGGCUUUCCUUUCCCCCUGCUUUCUGUUUCCGUGCAGGGGGGGCUCAUGAGAGGAGCUGAAAUCCUUUCUAGGAGUACGCUCGACCAGGUUUCUCAUACAGUGAUGUGGAUCUCCCCCCCCCCCCCACCCAGGCAUGGGGAAGGCACGUGGGGAUUUCCUGCUUUCCUCUAUUCCUGCCACCCCUACCGACCCCAGGAGGAUUGGUCCUAGGGUUGUGGGAUCUUUGGGGAGGAACCGUCAUGUCCUUCAACCUACACAAAUCUUCUUUCAUAUAGAUCCCAUCACCCUCAAAAUGACAUUUCCUGGGUUUUGAAGGGGCUGCAAGAACAGAGGAAUGUGGGCUGACUCCAGAUUGCACGCACAGAAAGGUUCGAUCCACACUAGUGUUUCUAAUUAGUCUAAUCGGUUGUCGAAAAGUGGUAUUUCAUUACUCGUAGAUGGUAUCUGUCAGUGGGUCACAUAGUCACAUUCUUGUAGGCUUAUGAACAGGUUGAGAGAACUGCCCCUUCGAUUUGAUCUCUAUAAGGCGGGUCGGAUCGCAAGCUGGGGAAGAGCUUGCCUGCACGCUUAGCCUGACGAAACUCCACAGCAGGAAUGAGCUUGCAUCCAUACAGGUUGGGAGGAAAUGCGGGAUUGACCAUGCCCCUCCCUCCAAACUGCAUACAGAAGCAAUAGUUGGCGCAUGCAUUUUCACAAGUGCGUCAGGAGGAUCUGGGCGAAGCAUGGCGUGCGGCAAGAUCCUGCCUUUGGUCCUCUUUGGUUUUUUGCUCAGAGCUGACACCAAAUGGCUGCACUUGAGCGGUCGUCCACCCCUAUGUCGGAGCAGCCGAUUGAAUGUGAUUGCAUCUUCAUUGAGAGGUCGUGGACAUGGGCCACUCCACUGUGCAAGUCUCUCCUUGUGGCGUCAAUCUUAAUAUUGAUGGAUCAUCUGAAACGUAGCCUGGAGUUUGUUCACAGAUUAAUUUGUGAGAGCUGCAGGUUUUCUUGUCCUUGGUAGGCCUAGAAAUGUCUUUGUCGUAGUGGCGGUCGUGCUAAUGAAGCUUUUUCUGCAUGGUGAUCCCCCCCCGCCCUAAUCUGAAGGUGAGAUUUCAUCUCUCUUAAUAAUCUUUGCUUGUGAGCUAGAGGCAGCAGAGACUCUCCUCGUGACACCAGAUAAUCUUUUGAAAUCUUGGCAAGAAAAUUUAUCUAGUAGUUUAUAGAGAAUAUUAGGGUUUCUAGUCCCCUGACCCGAAGACGGUACGCAUUGCUAUGGCAACUGGCAACGAGGCCAUCUUUCAGGCCGCAGACAGAGGACUCUCUUCUCCAAAUAUUCACCCAAACUGAGGAAAGCUAGGCUAGCAUUCUUCCUCCUGAUUGGCCAGCUUCCCCUGUGUGCAUGGAGGAUGGGGAUGUACAGAGAGGGCAUUUAAGCAUACCAUUUCCCCCCCUGCAGUCUCGGUCUAUGGUUAACAGUCGAGAAAGUUAGAGCAACAUGUGAUUCUGCUUCUAAUGUGUCUACGGGAAGAGCAUUGCCUGCCCGCCUCCCCCCAUGCAGAAACGGACAGUGUGUAAAACCAGAGUCCUGCUUUUGGCAGUAGGCGGAGCAGGAGUCCACCUGGAUGACCACCUGCCUGUGUUUCAGAGACACCCUUUUUACCGUCUGCACAGCAGGUUUUUGAAGAUUGGGAGCCCCCACUUCAAAGGCCUCUCCUUCUUCCUUGCCUUUGUGUAUCAUUAAGUGAAUUCCGGCCUCAGGCUCCUCCCUUAGGCUCCUCCGCGUGGGAACUCCCUCCUUUUCGUGCUCUCCCAGGUGACUGCAGGAACGGCAUAUGUCUGAACUCUGCAGUGGCGGCUGCAAGCCCAAGGGUGUUUCUUUCCCACCUGAUGGCAGGAGAGAAGGCAGACAAUCAAAUGGGGAAGAUUGACCCCCUUCUGACACUUGCCACACAUACCACAGCUGCGCGGGAUGGCCUCAUGAAGAAUAAACUCCAAGGAAAGCACGGUGUGGAGGGGAGCAGGUGGGGUAGCUGUCAAGCCUGUAUCCCAAAGCUGCUUUCUACCAUUUCAAAGGAGCUGUCCUUCUGAAUAUGAAAAUUCAUGUCUAGGAAAGCUGCGGGAGACCAAACUGGUCUCCCGGUCCUUGUAGUCUCACUAUACUGUUUCCGACGGUGGCCAGUACCAGAAGCGUCAGAGGAACACGUUUCGUGAUCCCUUCUUCCUGAAAGAGAGAGAGAGAGAAGCUAUUUUUCAGUUUGUAUAUGCUGUGACUUCCGUGUACAUAAAAAGAUUUUGACUGCAUUCUAACCAAACUUCCUCCAAUUGUGCACUGUGUUUUUUUUUUUGUUUUGGUUUAAAGGAAUCAUGCGUUUUUAGCUUGGUAAGCAGUUUUCUCCUUUUUUUAAUUUAAAAAAAAACACUACACAUUUCUUUUGCUCUCUUGACGAAUUUUAAAAGGUAAUGUUGUUAAGGAAAUAGAGAGGGAAGAACCACAAUCACUGGAUCGCGGAAAUGAGUUUGUUUCUUUUUCGUUGUCGUUUUGUUUCUGCUUUCUCUUUUAUCCAGGAGAGCAAAACGGGUCUCCGAGACCGAUUUUGCUGUCUUCUCAGUCGAUAAGUGAAUUUGUAGCCAUUGUAUGGCUAAGAACCAAUGCACUUGAUAGUUGAGUACCGGCCUGUAAAACACGCACCCCACCCCCCACCCCAGCAUGGAGAGGGCGGGGCUGUCUGCUUGCUUGCCAUUCAUGAAAUGCAGCUGGCCGGCUCUUCAAGACAAUUUGCAUUUUCAGCUGCACCAACUUCCCGAACACCCGGCGGGCUGCCUGACACCGCCCCCCUACCCUAAGCUGGCGGGCUGCUGAGCGUUUUCUUUACAGGCCUGGUUUAAGUAGCUCUGCUCUUUGCUGGAGCUCAAACUUGGAAUCUUCCACAAGGGAGAUGAAAAAAGAAAAAAAAAUUUGCUUAGAAUUUAUUGUUUUCAAUUGUUCUUGAGUUUUAAAAAAAUGUUCUUGUUAACACUCAUUCUCGUUUCCAUCUAGUAUUCAGUGGUCUUUGGAGAAAAUAAUAAUAAUAAUAAUAAAACAGAGUGUUAUAAAAAUAUAUAUAUUUUUGGUGCAAGCUGAGACUUUCUGUUUUUUUGAAACAAGUCUGUAGCAUAAAGUUUAAACUAUUUUAAGACAAAAUAAAAAAUAGA